AACGCUUUUCUUUAUGCCGUCCUCGUCUCAACGUACCUUCCAACUCCUACCUUGCUUUCAAUGUAUUUUCUAUGUCGGACUGGAGUGUUGUUGCUCAGGAUACGUGCUGAGUAUGAAAAGACACUGAGAUCCGACAUUGACAAGCAUUGGCAUCGCCAUCAAUACCGGCAUUCAUUUUGAACGUUACGUCGCUUGAACGGUUUCCCACCACUUUCAUCACAGGACUAAGACCCUCGUGCAAUAUGCAUGCACUUGGCCUUGCAGACAGCCUGAGGUCCCACCGCACAAGCUUUGUUUCCAGGCUUCUAGCAAAUCUCGGGAGACGAAGAUGGUCCUGGCUGCAGCAUAGUAUUUACUUUGUCUGGAAUGACUUUUGCUGGUCUGGCCAUCGAGACAUUCGAGUUGGAAAUCCUUCUUCCAGACUUUCAAGUUUUGUGGUGUUGAUCUUACGCUGAUGAACGUGAUCUGACACAGUUGAUUUGCGGCUGUGCGAAAUUCCGAACAAUAUGCAUACAAGUACUGUAGUAACCAAAGCAGGACUGGUGCCUGUCCUCGCCCAGGUUUUCUUAUCCACAUCCCGUUCCUGUCGUCGGGCCUUCACUAUAUUCUACUGCUGCAGACCUCAGUGACCUAACAUUCAGGCCCUAGCUGGCGAGGAUGCUUGCGCUCUUCUCAUUUCUUUUCUUUCUAUCUCUCAGCCACACCUAUGUUGUUCGUGCAAUCCAAGUUCCCAGUAUCGUCCGGUCUCCAUAUUUCAACCUAUGGACUGUCACGGAUCGCAUGAAAGGUGCCACGGGUGGAUAUUCUGAUGUUAUCUUCGGCCAAUCAUGGGAUGGGUUGCUCUUAAUUAACAAUGUCACCUAUUUGUGGUGGGGCGAUGCUCUCAAUGACUACACCAAUGGCAGCAUGCUCCUCUACACGGAUGUAACACCCACGCGGACGAUCUACCACAUGAAAGCUGGACCUAUAUACAUGAACGUUACUGCAUUUUCGCCUAUAGAGCCCAGUGAUCCCGUCCGACAGUCUCUGCCGUUUGCGUAUCUAUCACUGUCGCUAGGGCUGUUCACCGCGGAGCGCACCAACGUCAGCAUAUUUACAAGUAUCUCCGGAGCCUGGGGGCCUGGGCCUACUACAGACGCAGAGGUGUUCCGCACUGUGAACACAGGAAACAACGUGUAUCACCAAGUUAUGCUGUAUCCGAAUACUUCAACGCCUCAAUUUGGCGAGCAGUUGAACGGCGGACUAACGAACGUUGUGUACGGAAUGCCUCUUGAUACGCCAGGUCAUAUCACUCAGUGCACUGGUGAUUCGUUUGACUGCAGCGACCUAUGGAAAGCAGCAGGAAAGCUCUAUGAUUUCAAUAGCACUAUGUCCAACCCAACUGUUUCGACAUAUCCAGACAGGAUGCAAACAGGGUUGAGUUAUGCUGUCGAUGUAACAGACGUUCUGGUUCCCGGAGGCGAACAACUACUUACCUUGGUGUGGGCUAUUGGGUCGAUGAGAGACCCUGCGGUAACUUACACUACUCCAAGUGGAGAUUCGCAACAACGGAGCUCAUACUUCAGGUCACGGUACUCAAGCGUCUCCUCAAUAGUUGAUUCCGUACUUAGCGACUUCAGCGAUGCCACGAAACGUGCGGACGGCCUAGACCAGAAGAUCGUCACCGCUGCUCAGAACACAUCCUCAACAUAUGCAGAGUUGGUGUCACUAGCGGCUCGAGCUGUCAUGGGUAGCACUGAGCUCACAAUUGCCAAUGGGACUGAUGGUAAUUUCAACACGUCCGAUGUCAAAUUAUUCAUGUGGGAUAUCGGUGCCAGCGCUCGUGUGAACCCCAUAGACACGCUCUAUACGGCAUUCCCAUUCUUUCUCUAUGUGAACCCCACGUACCUUGGUUAUUUGCUUACACCCCUGCUUGAAUACCAAAGUUCUUCGCAGUACACACUUCCGUAUGCUGCACUCGAUAUCGGCCAGCAAUACCCAAGUGCAACUGGAGACAAUCAACCACAUAAUCAGGGAUUAGAUGUAUCGGGCAACAUGCUUAUCAUGGCACUAGCCCAUGCACGCGCAACAAACGACACUUCGCUUCUUCUCAGACACUACGACCUACUGAAAUCAUGGACGGAGUUCAUUGCUAGCUACGCAUUGGUUCCACCCCAGAACAGUUCAACAAACUCGACGGGACAGAUGGUCUCGUCCACCAAUCUCGCUCUGAAAGGUAUCAUCGGGAUCAAGGCCAUGUCUGAGAUCAGUAGUACGCUGGGACAGACGGACGAUGCGAAAAGAUACUUGGAACGAGCAGCUAAUGAUUCGACUGUAUGGAACUCUGUCGCUUUGGCUUCAGACAAGUCACACAUUCUUCCAGAUUAUGGCGAUUCUGAUUCGUCGUGGACGCAAAUCUACAAUCUGUAUGCAGACCGGCUGUUAGGCACACACUUAGUCAACGACUCCAUUUAUGACUUGCAAAGUAAAUACUACCGAGACGUUACAUAUGGCGCACAACCUCCAUAUUACGGUCUCCCUGUAGACAGCACGACCGAUCUAGGAAACGCAGCUUGGACUCUAUUUACGGCCGCCUCUGUCACGGAUGUCACCGUCCGCGAUGUUCUUUUAUCUGGAUUGUGGUCACGUUCGAAUGCCACCGAUUGGAACAACCUUCCCAAUCUCUACAACACAACCUCGCCUGAGUAUUUUGUUGACAACGACGGGGAUGCGGGCCCGUCUACAGGUGCAAUGUUCGCUCAGUUGGCCUUAACGGUACCGGGAAUAUCGACGUCGGCAUUUGCCAAUAACACUGGGAGUGGUUUAUCACCCAAUAGCGAUAAUACCGGCUCAAACCAUCGCAGUCUCGUGGGUCCCAUCGUUGGUGGCGUAGUGGGAGGUGUCGCUUUUCUCGCAUUGUUGAUCGCAGCAUUCAUCCUCUGGCGACGAAGGAUGCAAAGGCGUGAAAUGGUUCCUGAUAGCUUCAUACCCGUUGUCAACGACCAACUUUUCUCGGGCGAACAUUUCUCAGAGCCGUUUGCUCAAUCCCCUUCGACUCAGCACCUCACGAGUCCUGUAAUGGUCUCUACCGUGUCGCCAAAUGCUUAUACAACCACCCCCUCUGGCAAAAUCAUUAUGCAACCUGUAUUGUCGGAGAAGGCUGCUCUUGCCAUGGCUAGCCCCGCGACCCCGCCAGCGACUGAAGUAACCAGUCUGUUAUCUCCCUCGGAAGCUGGAGGUUCAAGCACGACGGAUAACGCUCGAGAAGUGGAAGAGUUGCGUGCUGAGAUGGAGAGACUUAGGCAAGUGGUUCAGGACCUACAUGCCGAUAGGAGUGAGCCAUUACCUGGCUACAACGCUCAGGCUUGACGAAAGUUGGGCAAUAUGUCCUUGACAUCUAAAGGUUCAUUCCUUUCGUUUAUCUCGGGAUCUAUGAAGUACUAUUAUCUGAUGAAAUACCUAAUGGCAAUAUUGUAUGUAUUGUGCGGCCCUCCAGUGGUCUUACCGGGCUUGCUGUAAAUUAGAGGUUCAGAAUAUGAGCUGCGGUAACUGACAUGAGCGUCUC